AUGAAGGGACAGUGCUGUUCUCCGGAAUCCCAGCUAUCUGGGGCCCUGGAAAAAGUGCCUGGACAGCUCUCACCCUUUCACCUCCACUGCACUUACCCAAAAGUACCCGGAAACUUUUCUCUAGCUUUAAAUUAUAAGGACUACAGAAAACAAAUGUACCUGCUGUAUGAUGAGAGCCGCGCGGGGAAACGCGCCGCGCUCCGCGCCGGCUGCCGCCCGCCCUCCCGCUCCCGGCGCCGCGGCCCGGGCACUAGGACCCCAGAAAGGAAGGAGGGCGCGCCGGCGGCGGCGCCGCACUUACCGCGCUCGGCUCGCCCGCGCCGCCGGCUCGCUACCCGGCCGCAGCCGCCGCGUCCACCCGAGCAGCGCGCACACACAGGACUUGGCCAAAUUCAAAGGAGCCGGGCGCGGGGGAGGGGGCCCCGCCGAGGGAGCGGAGCGUGGGAGCUGGGGGAGGGGGGCCGGGAGGGGGAGAGGACAGCAAGUGUUACAACUUCCUUCCCUGCCCACCGCCCGGCCGCGGCGGGCGAGGGACGCGGCGAGGGGAGGGCAGCGCGCGCCGGAGCGCCAAUGAGUUCACUUUCUUUUCCUCCCCCGCGCUCUCCCCCUCUCCCUUCCCGCCGGCCCCCUGGAAGCCUCCGGCUCGGCCGGAGAGGCCGGGCCGGAGUUUUCGGUUUUCGGCGGGGGGAGCCGGAGGACGGCUGGCGGCGAGGGAGGAGGAAGAGGGAGCGGGGAAGAUCGCGGGAGAGCCCAAUCACGGGGCGAGCUGGACCGGGCUGUGAUCAUUUAUAAUCCUGGACUCCUCCGCUCCGCCACUUGUCAAGAUGACAGGGUGGGCAUUUCAGGUCAGCUGAGUCACCCGAGGAGGUAGGAGUGCAAGACACUGCCGGGAAGAUGGAUUCCGAGGCAGAACGGUAUAAUUAAGGAUUUCCACUCCCGGUAGGCGGCCCGUCCCUUACAAGAGGAUCUGAAAAUGACCUGCGCCUUCCCCUCCAGAGUGUCCUCUCGUCCCAGACUGAAAAGCGCAAAUGACCUUCGCACGCGGGAAGGGGUUAUACACGAGCCCCAACUCGGCACCGGCGGCGGCGAACAAGUGUCCGCCCUGUGGUUCAAGCACCAAGACCGCCCCAACAAGCGCGCGCUGGCCGGUGGGGACGGAUUCUGGAGUCCUCCCAAGGCUCCACGCCCCGCAUUCUCCGACGCCGCCCCCCUCCCCAGUUCUCCCCUGCUUCCACUCUGUGUGAUGUGGGAGGAAAAUAAAAGUUUACUGCUCUCCAGGA